AUGGCCCGCCUCCAGGACCUGCCGCACGAUCUUCUCCUCAACAUCCUCUUCCUCGCCUCGCCCACGCUUCCCGCCGAAGAGGGCAGGGCCCUCCUGUGGCACGCAGCCCUGAAGAGCUUUCGCGGAGCCUCGAGGAACCUGCACAACAUCUACCGCGCCGUCUUUCCGUACUGCGUCGACUCGACAAGCGGAACGGUCAAGAUGAUGCUGAGGAAGACUUUGCGAAGUGAAACGCUUGCGAGUGUCGCUUGCCUUCGCCUGUUCGGCGUGAACACUGCCUUGUCGUUCGUCACGAUCCUCAGCAACCUUCCUUUCCUCGUCGUCCUUCGCCUCGGCGCCGACAAGUGUCAACCGAAUGUGCCAAGUUUCGACAUGUACGCGCUCGACAAGCUCCUUCACCUCAAGUUUCUCGGAUUGAGCGGCUUCUUCCUUUACCUUUCGCUUCCUCUCCAACAGCUCGGCAUCAUCGAAGUCGAGCUCCUCGAGUGCCGCGUCGCGUCUACCUGUGCGGUCAACGAGUUCUUCUCGCAGAUUCCAAGCGUGACAGCGCUCUGCCUUUCGCCGCUCAGCAGCGGGAUCAAGAGCGUUCUUCCUGACCCAAGCGCCCUUCAGUCUCUCCAAUACGUUCAGCUUCAGCCACGCGAAGAUGACUUCGAGGAUGCGCUCGGCCGAGACGCUGUGCGGUUCUUUGACAAGUGCCCGAGCGACUGCUCGACCGUCCUCGUCCACCCCGUCUGGGCGGGCGCGCCUUCACCUCUCGCUGGCGCCCUCGUCAUGUCUCUCCUCGUCGAGUACGAAACGGACGAAGACGAGCGCGAGAUGUACAGCUUCAUGCCGAGCGAUAUCAGCCGGAUCGCAGAAUGGGUCGAAUCGAGUCCGCCGAAUCUGCAGUCUGUUGCCCUGCCCAUGAUGUGGCACCCCGCCUACCCAGAAGAAGACCCGUACCUCCAGGUUGUCAAGUACGCCGCGCACGAGAUCAUCAACGCUUGCGAGGAAAACGACAUCGAGGUCGUCUACUACGAGGACUGGGAUCGCGAGACGGGCUUCUGCCAGGAGCUCAAGAAGGGCGAGUGGACAGUUAUGACCGGCGACGAGCCGCGCGACGACGAUGGAAGGCUCUUCACGUGGGGCGGGGCCUGGCCGGAGACGGAGGAGGAUCUCGAGGCCAUGCUGCAUGGCGAUUUCAGCGAAGGGUACGGGACUGAGCAAGCCGGGGACGAUGAGGAGUCGAUGGAAUGGGAGAGCGAGCGCGAAGAUGACUCGGGCGAGGAAGGCGGGAGCGAGGCGGACGAGGCGGACGAGGACGACGAGGUGGACGAGGCGAAGUCGGCUGAGAGCGAAGGCUGA